AUGAACAGAGAACAGCGCCAGUCGCUUAUCAACGACCUUUGGGAUCGUGAUGACCUUCACGUUAUGAUUGUAAGAUACAAUGAUGAAGCCCAGAGAAUUGGAACACAAGGAACCACCACGACUUUCCACGCCAAUCCAAUGCAAGCCAUUGAUGCUUUCUUCAGUCUGCUAGGCAAUAGGGAGUAUCAACGACACCCUGCCCUGAACGAUAAUAUGUACCAGUGGUUGGUUGCCCACACGGACGGCCUUGCAGAACCUACUGCUAACGACUUGGUGGGUAAUGUCAUGUCUGAUCUCACAGAGGACAACACAGCCAUUCACUCCAGUAACAUCAUUGCACUCGAAAUCAUUCCCCUCCUCGAGUAUCACAAUAGAGACCACGGUAUGCUUGCUGGAAGACCCGACAGAACCAUUGAUCCUCGGCUUCUACCCAGAUCUGAGUAUACCUUGGGUCUAGACGACCCCCCACCUACUCCCAAUCCAGAACCUCUGAUUGAUCUUGAUGAAGACAUUGUCAUGUUUGACCACUGGAUCCCACCUCCUGAGUUCAUCCCUCCCUUCGUCGAUGACGGCUCCGAAGUUCCCCCAUUCGAGCGCGAGCUCUUCUCUCCCUCUCCUCCCGAUCCUCCUCUUUUCGCUAAUCCAACACCUGGUCCUGUGCCACUUCCCGCAGCCAACAACACUCCUGCACCCUCUCCAAAUGCUCCCGCUCAGAACACUCGUAAUCAUCCUAGACGCCGUGUUGCUGACCCAAAUGUCGAUGCUCGUAGAAUCCACGCUUGCGCUUUUGUCGGUUGUUCGUCGCGCUUCACCAGACCUUCUGACUUGGCUCGUCACUGGCGUACUGUUCAUACCGGUCACACUCAACAGUAA